AUGCGGACGAAACUGGCCUUCCGACUCACGUCCAAGGCCUUCAGCACGUACAUCGACAAGCUCCUCUUCAAACGUGCGCUGUUGACCUUGGGCAUUCAGGAAGGCGAAGUGCAGUCCCGCCUCUCAUUCCCAGUGUUCACUGCGCCGCCCGUUCCACCAUUCAACAAUGCCGCACACUUCCGCGCGAUGGAAGUCGUGGACGUCAAGCUCAAGACCGACUGUCCUGGCCGCGAAUACUCACUGCGUCGCGCGGUCGCAGUGCACACCAUCCGGCGCAUUGGUUGGUUCUCGACUAGAGCAGAGUUCUACCUGCAGAACGGCGUGCGUACCGUGGUCGACUUUGUAGACGCAGGCCAGACGACGAUGGGUGACCCCCCGCGGAUCACCAUAUCGUCCAGACAAGAGAGACACAUCAUCCACCUGUGCUGGCGUGCCGCCGAGUACUUCACAGGUUUCCCGCCCACCUUCUCGUUCAGUCUCAACGGCCCAAGCAUCAACGUGACGGAGACCGUCCUCGCGCUCUGGCAAAUCAAUCCGAACCCCAACGAGCCCUUGCAGACCGACCCACCGAUCAACGUAGUGCUCGGUAUCAUGCUCGAGCUCCAGUCUUACCUUCGGUACUGGGGGACGCUGAAGAUCGUCGGUCUUGAGACGCUUCGGUGGGAGACGGAGGAGACCCUCGACUUCGAUUUCAUGGUGGCCGAGGUCCGAGCCGGGUUGAGGGAGAACUUGGAAGCUCUCGCCGGUAUCCAGGAGGACGACCUCGAGGUCAUCGACCGAUCAAUCACGUUCGUCACGUUUGAGCAAUGGUGGCAGGAGCUGGGCCCGCGCAAGGACGUCGAGGGGCUGUGGAAUCCCCUUGUUCGUGUCUCGACAGCCUAA